AUGGAUAAGCACAAGAAUACAAAACCAGAGCCCAAAAAAAAAAAAAAAAAAAAUAUCAACCACAAAAUUCCACCCUUUUUAAAUAGUUUGUGCUAUAUAUAUCUAGAUGUUUGUAUAAGCACAUUCAAAACUUACACUAAAACUUAUCAAAUGGCAAAAAGCCUCAACUUUAUGCCUUUUCUUUUUAUACUAGCUUCCAUGAGCACCAUCAGCGGAUGUCUCGGCGAGUCGGCUCAUCCUCCAGUAGUCAAAGGUGCUUAUUAUCCUUCUUGGUUUACUACCUUCCCACCUUCAUCCAUUAACACAUCUUUGUUCACCCACAUCUUCUAUGCUUUCCUUGUGCCUAACAAUGUCACAUUCAAAUUCGACAUAUCGGAUUCCACGGCUGUCAAGCUCUUCAACUUCACCACCACCCUACGUUAUGGUACUCCGCCGGUGAAGACACUCUACUCCAUUGGUGGUGGAGAUUCCGAUUCAGGCGCCUUUGCUCGAAUGGCCUCCAAACCAUCCUCACGCAGUGUGUUCAUAAACUCUACCAUUGAGGUUGCUCGUAAAUAUGGGUUUGAUGGGCUGGACCUUGAUUGGGAGUCUCCUCGAACCCCAAAAGAGAUGGAAGAUUUGGCCCAUUUGUUUGAUGACUGGCGGCAAGCAAUUAACAAAGAGGCUAAAGACACCCACCGGCCACCUCUUUUGCUCACAGCAGCCGUUUACUUCUCCGUUGACUUUUUCUUGUCCAACGUUAGGCGGUCGUUUCCGGUGCCUUCAAUUCGGAGAAACUUGGACUGGAUCAAUGCAAUGUGUUACGACUAUCAUGGUGCAUGGAGCAAUAUAACAGGUCCAAAUGCCGCAUUGUUUGACCCAAAUAGUAAUAUAAACACUAUCUACGGGAUCAAUUCAUGGAUCAAUGCUGGUUUGCCGCCGAAGAAAAUAGUAAUGGGUUUGCCGCUUUACGGUCGGUCUUGGAAGCUCAAAAACCCAAAAGUAAUUGGGAUAGGAGCAGAGGCUAUUGGGCCAGGCCCAGGAGAUGGUGUGCAAACUUACUCGCAGAUAGUGAAGUUGAAGAAUGAGCCUGAUGCCACUGUUGUGUAUGAUGUGGACACUGUGUCUGUAUAUUUAGCUGUGGGCUCUUCAUGGAUUGGAUACGACGAUGCCCUUACCACAACCACAAAGGUUGGAUUUGCUCAAGCCCUAGGCCUUCGUGGAUAUUUCUUUUGGGCCUUGAGUUAUGAUCAGAAGUGGGAAAUCUCAUCACAAGCUUCAAAGUCAUGGGUUCUAGACAAAUCAGAAUGAUACUUCAAGUUGAAGCCAAAGUAAUGAGAAUCAUACUUCAAGUUCUUGCAAGAUUUCAUUAACAUUGCACUGGAUAUAAGAUUCUCAAUGUGUAAAAUUUAGCGGUAGGAUGCAAAAAAUAAAAAUAAAAAUAAAAAUAAAUGAAAAUCUUUCGAUUUUUUUUCUCAUGUUUAUUGUGUUUGUUGCUGUAUUUGUAAAAUUUGAUAUUCAUUGUUGUAGAUUUAAUAAAAUAACAAAAACAAAUAUUUAUCUCUAA